CCUUGCCCAGCCCCAUUCCUGCAACCUCCACCCUGGGGCAGUGGCCCUUGUGGGGAGAAGAGGAGGGGCAGGGAGAGGAAAAGCCAGUUCCUGUCUCUGCCUGGUGCCCGUGCUGCUGGAGGGAUGCGCUGCCCUGGGGACAGGGCUGGGGGGGGUCCCCCAAAGUGGCUCCUUUGAUUCUGUUCUUUGGCUGCACAAUUUCAUUCUUUUCAGUUCUUUAUAAAGUGCUGAAAUUACCAGACUGACCUUGCAUCUGAGCCAGCCUGGCAGUGCCUAUGUUCAUCUACAGGGUAGAAAGUCUCUGUCCAGAGUGAAAAAGUGUUAUCAACUUUUGAACUAAUUCGGUAGCAGAAGGAUUUAGGCUGCAGGUGAUGGGAUGGUGAGGGAGACCGAGGAAGAGAACCCUCAGCUGGGAGUCCUGAGCAGGUGGAACCACACAGGACGGAUUGGGAAGAUCCAAGGUGAAUGUUUCCCAGUGACCAGGGAUGGAAAAAACUUGUAAGACUCAGUCCAGGCAACAGGGAAAAGAGCCAGGGCCGAGACAGGGUGAACCAGCUCACCGGAGCAGAGGGGUUGGAAAAAUCAAAGAAACUUCUCAGUUGACAAUCCCCACUGGAGAGAGACCCAAUAUGUUUGGUGACUCUGGGAAAAGCUUCCCUGAGAGUUCAGCCCAUAUUACUCCACAGACAAUCCUCAUGGGGAAAAAACCCUAUAGAUGUGCUGAGUGCGGGAAAAGCUUCUCUCAGAGUACUACGCUCAUUAACCAUCAGAGAAUCCACACUGGAGAAACACCCUAUACGUGUCUGAUCUGUGGGAAAAGCUUCCGAUACAGUUCAGUCCUUGCUACACAUCAGAGAAAACACACUGGAGAGAAACCUUAUAAAUGUCCUGAUUGUCAAAAAACAUUCAGUGGCAAUGGAAACUUUUACAGGCAUCGGAAGACGCAUACAGGAGAGAAGCCCUUCAAAUGCACUGAGUGUGGGAAAAGCUUCAGAGAGGGGUACCACCUUGUUUCACAUCAGAGAAUGCACACGGGAGAGAGACCCUAUGGAUGCCCUGAGUGUGGGAAACACUUCUCUGACACUGCUGGACUCGUUAUCCAUCAGAGAAUCCACACAGGAGAGAAGCCGUAUACAUGCCCCAAGUGUGGGAUCAGCUUUGUUCAGCCCUCACAACUUGUUAGACACCUGAGAAUCCACACAGGAGAAAAGCCCUAUAAAUGCCUGACCUGUGGGAAAAGCUUCAGUGAUAGAUCACUUUUAAAUCAACACCAGAGAAUCCAUACAGGAGAAAAACCCUAUACAUGUCUGACCUGUGGGAAAAGCUUCCGAUACGGUUCAGCUUUUACCACACAUCAGAGAAAACACACUGGAGAGAAACCUUAUAAAUGUCCUGAGUGCGGGAAAAGCUUCAGUAACAUCACGACCUUUAAUGGGCAUCGGAAGAUACACACAGGAGAGAAACCCUUCAAAUGCUGUGAUUGUGGGAAAAGCUUCAGAAGGUGCCCAGACCUUAAUAUACAUCAGAGAACACACACAGGUGAGAAACCCUAUAAAUGCCUGACAUGUGAGAAAACAUACCGGUGUAGCUCACACCUUUCUAAACAUCAGAGAAUCCAUACAGGCAAGAAACCUUUGAAGUGCCCUGACUAGAGAAGGGCCAAGUGAAUAACGUCUUUGCCAAUUCUCGUGAACCUCGGAGCGUCGGGCGAGGCUGGAGUGGCUAUGUAAUGGGGAUAUGCAAUGGUGAUAAAGCAGAGAAUAAAAUCACACUCCUGGAACAGAGUUGGAUAGAGCAAGAGGCUGGGAUAAAGUUCCCACAUUGUGAUGGGAUUUGAUUAUGAUUUUUCAAGACGCUUUGAAUAUCCUCUGAUCAACUCCUGCAUUUAAGUUAAUUCCUCACAAUUUGUCAGUUCAGGCCAUAGUCUAGGAGCAGGUUGGAUUUCUCAUUGACACUAAGCUCUCAUAUAGCAGGAUCUGCAAGUAAUGGUCUCUAUCAUCUCCCCUUGGCUAGAAGAUGCUGUUCCUUCCUGGCAGAUAAAAAUCCAGUUACUUACAGCUUUGUCACUCCUCAGCAGGGCUGCAGCAAUGUGAUCUGCCUGGCUAUGAAACCAUCGGUGCCGGGGGAGCUAGUACAGAAUGCUGCAGUGCAUCUUCUCUGCAACACAAACUCCUGUGAGCAUAUCACGCCUGUCCUCCACUCCCUGCAUGGCCUGCCCACCAAAUAUCAAAUUGUGUGCAAGAUCUUGGUCCUUAUCUUCCAGGUGCUCCAUGGCCUGGGCUCGGGUUAUUUAAAACGCUUCCUAAAGCUCUGUGAAGAAGACCGUAGAUGGCAACUUUGCAACUCUAAGACAUUGAAACUGUCCAAAAUAAAGGUAAAGUUUAUUUGUGCAGAGACAAAACUGCCUUGAUGGAAAGACUCGGAAAGUGGAAUGAACUCCCCCAGGAGCUAAAGACCAUCACCAACCUGACCACUUUCUGCUCCCGAUGUAAGCCACAUUUCUUUGACUUUGCCUUCUGUAGUAUAAAUAUAUAUCCGCACAUAUACUUACUGCCACAAACAAAAGCUACCAUAACAGAACUCUUCACUGCACAACUUCUCCCCCAGGAAAUGAUGAGAGAAUGAACAUAUGACAGAAGGUUGCUUACUGCACUACUGAAAGGUGCUCACAUGCUGUAGGGAUGAGCCUGGUGUAAGCAUCCACACAGAACAGAAUUCUGCUGCCAUGCAGCUACAGUCUUAUUCUCUGUAAUUUAGCAUCACAGACUCAUCGAGGAUUAGGGCUGAAGAGACCUUAGGAGGUAUCUAGUCCAAGUUCCAGUGUUCCCUCUAAUUUUCCUCACUCAUGUGCGGAAUGAAUCUUGUUUUGUGACACCAACAUGGAGGUGAUGUGUGACAGAUCACCUCCAUAUGGGUGCACAUACAGGCGCCAACUUUCGCUGGCACCGGUGGGUGCUCACGCGCUCCGCCCCCUCCCUGCCCCAUUGGAUCCCUCCCCAAAUCCCUGCCUGGCCCUGCCUCUUCCCCAAGCGCACCGCAUUCCUCCUCCUCCCUCCCAGCACUUGCGUCGCGAAACAGCUGUUUCCCGGCGCAAGCGUUGGGAGGGUGUGGGGAGAAGCAGGAUGCGGCGGCCCUCUCAGGGGAGGAGGCGGAGGUGAGCUGUGGUGGGAAAGGUUGGGGAGCUGCCGGUGGGUGCUCCACACCCACCAAUUUUUCCCCGUUGGUGCUCCAGCCCCGGAGCGCCCAUGGAGACGGCACCUAUGGGUGCACUUUUCAAAAUUAAUGGGGUGGGGCUGAGGGGUUUAUUUGGUGUGUGGGAGGGGACUCCAGGCUAGGACAGAGGGUUGGAGUGUGGGGGUGAGGGCUCUGGCUGGGAGUCAGGGCUCUGGGAUAGGGCUGGGGAUGAGGGAUUUAGGGUGCAGGAGGGGGGCUCAGGGCUGGGGCAGAGGGUUGGUGUGAGGUGAAGGCUCUGGCUGUAACAAAAAUUAUAUAACUACACCAGCCAGAUGAGAUUUACCACAAACUAUAAACUAUUCAGCCCCAGUUUCAGAAUAUGAGUUAAAUUGUCUUGCUUUCAGACCCUAUUUGUAUA